AAACAAUUUUUUUAGUAGGUAUCAACUCAUUAUUAAAUAUUAAUUUUAUUAAUCUAAGUAAAAUGUUAAUAUCAAGGAAAAUUAUUGCCCCAGUAUUUGGCGUAAGGUUUUCUCGUGUCUUAUUUUCCACUACUAAACUUCCGAAGGAGAGCAAAACAAAAGUCGGCAAAUAUGAAAUCAACUAUGUAAAAGUUGGCAAUGGAAAACAUAAUGUACUGUGUGCCCCGGGGGCCUUGGGGACCAUUUGGUCUGAAUUCGAGCAUCAAAUAGAGGGGUUCAACAGGAACCAGUUCACUUUAGUGGUCUGGGAUCCGCCAGGUUACGGCAAGAGUUACCCUCCUGAGAAGGACUUUUCUGUGGAUUUUCUGGAAAAAGAUGCAGACAUGGCUUAUGAGUUGAUGAAGGCAUUACAAAUACCGAAGUUCUCAGUGCUGGGUUUCAGUGACGGCGGUAUCACGAGCCUGCUGUUGGCCGCCAAGUACCCCGGCGCAGUGCAUAAGCUUGUAGUGUGGGGAGCCAACUCCUUCAUACUGCCCAGCGAACUUGAUGCAUAUAAAAAAAUAAAAGACGUGAACAAAUGGUCCAAAAGGCUAGUGGAGCCAAUGAUUGAAAUAUACGGCAAGGAGAGGUUUGCCAAAUACUGGGCCAGCUGGGUGGACGCCAUGGACGCGAUAUACCAGGCAAACAACGGCAACAUCUGUUCAGACAGACUGAAGAACAUAAAGUGUCCUACGUUCAUAUUGUAUGGGGAGAAGGACCCUAUGGUCGAUCGCGUGCAUGUCUCGCAUCUACACACGCAUAUAGAGGGAUCCAGGAUACAUCUAUACCCCGAAGGCAAGCAUCACAUACAUUUAAAGUACGCGGAAGAUUUUAAUAAGCGAGUUCAAGAAUUUCUACUACAUCACUAGGAUACAGACUUACAAAGUUACUAAGAAAGAACUAAAUUGAUUAUUAUGAUGACUCGCACUUAACCAAGUUUUAUUUCAUAAAUAUUUAUUCUUUUGAGUUUAUAAUCAGUUGCUUUGCUUAAUUAUAUAUUUUUUGAUAGAAGUUUAAAACUG